GUUUCGUUUGAUUUUUUGCUCUGUGGCUUGCCGUUUUAACUCUCGACGCAUUCGUUUUUUUUCUGGUUAUUUUGAGAUAAUCGAAUCUCCGAUUUGAGCUCGAAUUUUGUAUUGAAUUAGAUUACAUGUCCUUCAUCUGUGAGAUUCUUAAGCUCUUAGAUGGCAGAAAUGUUUCUAUGUUGUAGAAGAAGGAAAUGAUUUGGAACUGGAUUCAGAUCAUGCCUUACUUUGCUCAGAGGCUUUACAAUACUUGCAAGGCGUCCUUCUCUUCAGACGCACCAAUAUCAGACGAGGCUCUCGAGAAGGUUCGCAAUGUCUUGGAGAAAAUCAAGCCAUCUGAUGUUGGAAUCGAGCAGGAAGCUCAAUUGGCACGGACCAGGUCUGGUCCUCUCAAUGAACGCAAUGGAAGUCAUCAGUCUCCCCCAGCAAUAAAGUAUCUUCAUUUGCAUGAGUGUGACAGUUUCUCUAUAGGAAUUUUCUGUAUGCCACCUUCCUCUAUGAUACCUCUUCAUAACCAUCCGGGCAUGACCGUGCUAAGCAAGCUCGUUUAUGGUUCAAUGCACGUGAAGUCAUAUGAUUGGCUAGAGCCUGAACUGACCGAACCAGAUGAUCCAUCACAAGCAAGACCCGCUAAACUGGUGAAGGAUACUGAGAUGACGGCUCCAAGCCCAGCAACAACAUUAUAUCCGAAAAGUGGUGGCAACAUUCAUUGUUUCAAAGCCAUCACCCAUUGUGCUAUUCUUGACAUCUUAGCUCCACCUUACUCUUCAGAGCAUGAUCGGCAUUGCACUUACUUCCGGAAAUCCAGAAGAGAAGACUUACCAGGUGAAGUAGAAGUGAAUGGGGAAGUGGUCACAGACGUGACUUGGCUUGAGGAAUUUCAACCGCCUGAUGACUUUGUGAUACGACGAGUUCCGUACAGAGGUCCUGUUAUUAGAACUUGAUGAUAUCUAUCUUUACUUGUCACAUAAUUUGGGCGGCUUCGGAUUUUUAUUUAUUAUUUAUAUUCCUUUCGGAAAUAAUUUGGGGAUCUUUUAUGUUGCAAACGGGAUUGUACAUACUAAUUUGUGAUACACCGUGUGUCUCCGUUUCAUUAUAUCGCAAAAGAUUUCUAAUGUGGUUUUGUCUUCGGUCGGUACUAGACUUUUCUAAUGGCAUUUUUUAUCUUUACAAAAUCCUUCUGUUUCGUUUUGCAUAGUUGUGUAUGUUCCUUCAAAUAUGAUAAAACCUUCCAUAAAGGUCAAAUUCUGCU